AUGGCGCCGAACGCCAUGCAUUACCUUUACCAAGCCGGUCCAAGUACCAGAGAUCGCAAAAGGUAUAUCACUUUCGUUCUGCAUGACAACGAUGGCAAGGAGAUGAAAUCUUAUAUCGACAUACCGAUCAAAAGCUUAGAAGACCUCAACGAAAAAGUGUUUUGGCUCAACAGACUCGUAAAGCAUGACUUUCCGCACGCUCUUCACGUUGAUGGUCACCUAGUUUUCAAGGGCGAGAGUUUGGGCAAGAGGGGCUGGGUUUCGCAGCUAUUUAUACCAGAUCUCAACCCAGAAUUGCCGAUAAAAUGCAUUCUGGACAAGAUCCCGACAUGCCUGGAACUGUCUGUCCGGUUUCCUCACUAUCAAAAGUUUCGUUUAUUUAUCCUGACAGAUGUGCAACGGGCCCGAGAACGGAGUUCAGGCACAUGCAGCCAGGAUGUGCUCCCAAGCAUAUGCUUCCGCCUUGUCAAGAGCCGAUCGCACGCCCAUUAUUGGCGGACUCAGUUGGAACAGCUGAAGGAGAAGGUUAUAGACAUCGAGGGAGGAACAGCCCCUGAACUUGACUUCACGCGAGCAGUCUUGAGCAUAGUUCCGCGCACCGAACAAGCUUAUUGGUCUUUCCGUCUUGGGAAUGCAGAUCCACAUGACGAUACUGGGAUAUCUUCCUUCUCGUUUAACAGAACAUUACUAAGAAAUGAUGGAGUAUAUGAGAAAUUUGAUGAAACCGAUCAGGUAGUCUUCGUGUUAGAGCAACAGGCAAUGCGGAACGGACAAAUAAUGUACGCCGACUACUACACCGGUAACACGAACGGAUUGACCAAUAGAGACUAUAGACCAUCGGCUGAUAUCUAUGAAAGUCAGCCAGACGCAUGGUGA